CUGGUACGACCGGCUCAAGGAUUACUGGGACGAUAUUCCUGGCCUGAUACCCAUCCUCGACAUCCUCGAAGAAGGACCGGUUGGCGACGAGACCCUCUUCGAGUUCAAAGGACGCUUCCAAGGACUUGCAUACGACUACAUCGAAGGGGUGAAAGAUGUCGUGGGCGGGGUUCAAGAAGAACGUGAACCGGGCAACGACCCAGGUGAUGAUGAAGACCGGACAUGUCGAGAGGACGAACGACCGGGACUACGAAGUGGAGGAGAGACGUUACAGGACGAUGGAGUCAGCAGCGAACAGACUGCAGAAAGAAGCGAAGGGGUAUCUCGACAGCCUGCGAGCAAUGACGGCGUCACAAAUGAGGAUAGCCGAGACGAUCGACGCAUUCUACGGAGACGCUGGUACCAGAGAUGGAGUAUCGCGCUCAUACAAGCAGGCCGUCGAAGAUUUAGACGCCGAAACCAUCAAAGCACUUGACGGACCAUACCGAACCACAGUCCUCGAGCCGAUUUCUCGCUUCUGCGCCUACUUCCCCGACAUCAACGAAUGCAUCAAGAAACGAAACAACAAACUACUCGACUACGACGCCUUGCGAGCAAAAGUCAAGAAACUGGUCGAAAAGCCAGACAAAGACGUGACCAAACUGCCACGAGCAGAGAAAGAGGCUGAAAUGGCCAAACAAGCUUACGAACAACUUAACGAACAACUCUUCACCGAACUACCUCAACUCAUCGACCUCCGUGUUCCUUACCUCGACCCCAGCUUCGAAGCCCUGGUCAAGAUUCAACUCAGAUUCUGCGCGGAAGCGUACAGCCGAAUGGCGCAAGUUCAGCAAUACUUGGAUCCAGAUACUCGGGACCAAUACGCCCGUGGAGACUUGGAUAACCGGGUUGAACAAGUGCUCUCAGAAAUUCGAGACUUGACCAUUGCUGGCACUGUUUGAACUUGACCUGCUACAACCGACUGAUCACUUGUCUUGCUCCAUCACAAAAACCACAAAGCACAAAAAAAGGGGAAGUCAAAUGCGGGAAUCGCUGCUCUUCAGCUGGAUGAUGCACGAACUUGGAGUGCAGCGGGUUGCUUUUUCUGCAUCAUAGCAUAGCGCUGGCGUUCUUGCACAGGAGGUUAGCAGACCAAUCCUGCGGGAAUGCAUGGGGUUGAUAGAAUCCUCCAUACAAUCAAAUGAUCUGAAACAAAC